AGGACGAACUUACACGAACGCCUCGAAACAAUAACACCACGAUACCCUCACAGUGUUUUAGGUCGGUGGUCAUGAAUAAUGUCAGAAGUGCAGUGUCCUGACCGCGGCAUGAAUGCACGGCAGAACUGUCCAGACCAGGGAUGUUUCCGAGGUUUCUGUCCAGCAUCAUCUCCUGGCGCUCUGUUGCGAUCUUGGCAUUCAUUGCAUGUUUGUCACAGGUAACCAACCUCAUCCUGACAUGGCAACUAAAGCAGAGACACCAGGCAGCGGCAGAACUGGCACUGGGCGGAGGAGUGAGUGGGUUAGGAAUGAGGUCUGCCGUCAAGAGUCAUCACAUGCUAUCUAGGAGGCGUGACCAUCAUCUAGGGCAAAAGCUUUCAGAUGAGCACGAGGCCAUCCUCUCACGCAUCGCCCACUGGAGUGUGCUGGAUGGCUCGGGGGAGUACAGGGUGUCACUGGGUGUCCUCAGGGGGUCUGCACUCGAGGCUGGACCAGGGGGGGAAGGAGGGCUAGAGGGGAGGGAGGAUUCAGCUUCGUUGGAUGGCCAGGGACUCACCCUCGUCACCCAGUGCUCGCUCGCCAGGCUUAACCGUCUGCCGGAGCUUGUGCGUCAGUGGCAGGGACCAAUCUCGGUGGCAGUAUUUGCACUGAGUGGGGAAGUACAGGCAGUUGUGCAGGUGUUCCACCUCCUUCGCAGGUGCCAUGCUAACAUCAAGGAGAAUGUAACUUUUAGUCUCAUUUUCCCCUUGAACUCCCCCACAUCCCCUCAUCUGGCACCAACAGCUGACACAACCCCGUGUGAUAAUAUUUUCUCGGAGCUGGAACAUGUGAACUACGACUUCAAAGGCAUUCAGUACCCAAACAACCUACUGAGGAAUGUGGCAAGAAAGGCCACAUCAACGAACCUCAUGAUGGUCAUUGAUAUCGACAUGACACCAAGCCCAGGCCUUCAUAGGGCCUUCACUGCGUAUGCAAAAGACAAUCACCUGUUUGAAGAUAAUGCAAGCGAGGAGAAGACAGUGUGGGUGGUGCCAGCGUAUGAACUGAAGGAGGGCACUCCAAUACCCAGUUCCAAAGUGGAGUUGCUGAAUCUCCGCGAGGAGGGAAGCGCUCGUAUUUUCUAUCAGGAGUUGUGCCUGAAGUGUCAAAAAUACACUGAUUAUGCCACAUGGGAGAAAAGUACAGAUGUAAAGGAGGGCCGAGUUGACGCUCUCUACGAUGUGUUAUGGCAGGACCCUUGGGAGCCCUUUUAUAUUGGUCGGACAAAUGUACCAUUCUAUGAUGAACGGUUCAGACAGUAUGGCUUUAAUCGCAUUAGUCAGGUGUGUGAACUACACGUGGCUGGGUAUCGCUUCGUGGUGCUGGACUCUGCGUUUGUGGUACACGAAGGUUUCAAGACCUCAAACAACUUUCACAGUUCAAAAGACAUGGAGCAGGAGAAGAACCGCAUUCUCUUCAGACAGUUCAAAGGAGAGCUGAAGGAGAAAUAUCCAGAGUCCUCCAGAAGAUGUUACUAGCACAGCAAAUGUUGCAGGACAUUGUAGCUGGGCAUUAGCAAACUCUGGGUGCUGUGGAGGUAAUGUGGGGUGUUGGGAGCCUCCAAAGGUACUUCUUACAAACCAAAGAACAUCGGUGUGUACUCAUAAACUCUCGUAUAAUCUGUGGUUGUUUUGGAAAGUGUCUUCAUGGGAAAGAUGGAAUGCAUGAGUAUAUUUUUGGUGGUAAAAAGUUUAUUGUGAGGAAUAAAAGAAAAAGAAGAGAGAGAGAGAGAAAGAGGCAAGAACAUUAUAUAUAAAAAAGACAAAGCAAGUGUGUAUUGUAUAAAUUACCUAAGGUGCUGAGACAGUGAUGUCUGAAUGUAAGAAAGACUGAAUAAGUCAGUUAUGACAUGUUUAGCGUAAGACAAGAAGAGUUAUAAGGAACUGAAUAUCUCUACCUGAAUCUCGUAAGUGAUCUGAAUAUUUGGCUCAGAGAACAAAAUAUAGGUAGUUUUUCUCAUGUUUUCUUUUUCUUUCUUUUUUUAAGGAAAAUAUCAAGACGCAAAAAGAAAAAGUACAUAAAUUCUGUUGUACAGAUACCUGAGAGUCAUGUGAAGCUAGUUUUUUUUUUAGGCUUAAUGUGAACUCGGAGUCAUGUUUUAUGAUAUACAUAUUUAUCAUGAAUGGAGUUUUAUCCACAUCCUAUGCACAGAUAAACCAGCAAAUGUUAACUGAGAAUGUAUGGAAUGUUAUGCAACUUUUCUCAUGAUGCAGAUGCAGGAAAAAGCAGCUGUAUUAGAACUUUUUUUAUUUCUUUUUGGUUAAAUUACAUUCAUAAAACAAAUAAUCUAGUAUAUUGAUUAUCUUGAGGUAAUUAAUGUUAGGUAAUUUCAAAGUUUGUCUUUAUGAAAUUGUAAAUAAUUUUGAUAAUACUCAUUUUACGGUGUAUAUUCGUGCACUGAAGAGAGAUUUGUGCUUUAUGUUAAGUAUCUAAUGAUAUGCAUGUCUUGAGUAUGAUGGCAUGUGAAUAUAGUAUUUUUGAGUCAAUGUAAGACACUAUCUUAAGUCUAUCUUAAGAAAAAGAAAUAGUGAAAGAAAACCAAAAUAUGGGUUUGUGGUUUCAUUUUUGAAGUCUUGGUCGUUGUAUAUUUUUGAUGAUUAUUAUCUUCGUCUGUUUUUAACCUAGUGCCGCCAGGAUACAUGCCGUACCCAUUACGAGUUCAAUUAUUAAUUGUCUGGAGGUUCGAAAAGUAGUAAGUUACCAAGGAGUGAAUUGUUAAUGCUACGUAUCUCACCUGUUUGGCUUUUUCCUCGUUAUUGGGAAAUCUUCUAAUUUAUAUUAUAUUGCUAUUAGUAAUGUUGAUAACGUAAUGAUUAUAAAAAUAAUAAUAACAUCAGUAUUGUUGGUAUUAGUAAGAAAAAGGGUGACAGCAAGUGAGAUCACCAGCUCGAUUAAUUGUUACCUUGGAGGCUAAGCACUUAUGGAGCCAUGUAAAUGUAGUGUUCGUUAUAAUGAACGCUAUAUUUUCUCAGCAGCAUUGGGUUAAUACAGACAAUACAGUGGUUUUAACAUUAUUAUGAAGCAUCAUUGUUCUUAAUAGUUCUUUGACUUCUCAUUUUGGAAAGUUUGAUAAUUUGGGGAAUCAAAGAAACCAAAGCAGAAACUAAAGUCAGAAUUCUUCAAUGACCAAAUUAGUUGAUAUUUGAAGCGUUCUUGUCACUUGUCUCUUUUUUACACAAUUUAUGUUUUUUUUUAUGUGCAUAUUUACAUGUUAACAAUCUUUUUGUUUAUGCCAAUGUAUUUGCCUUUAUAUAUAUUUUUUUUAAGGUCAUUCUUUUGAAACUUAACUUGAGGGACGAUUUUUAUAGAGAGUUAGGUGUGUACAGUUGGUUGUAUACAGUAUUAAAGGCUCACUAUCCCUUUUAUUACAGAAUAAGCAUCUGGCAGCAUUUGGAAUUCCAGAUACAACCAAAGAAUUGACGAGCAGUGUAUCUUUAUUUUCUGUGAGAUUUUUUUUUUUUUUCUUUGGUUAUUUUGCCCAUUAACAGAAAAGAAGUUGGACUUAGCAUGUCUCUCUGAGCCUUGCUAUAUCCAUUAUUGAUUGUAUUUUAACUAGUCUUCAUGAUGCAGUUGAUAGGUAAGGUAUCUGCGACUGCACAGCAAAUAUAAUAGGACUACUUCAUUGCAGUUUAAGAUAGUUUCAUUGCAUAUCUACAUAGGCAGGUUGAAGAUAUUGAUGAAAUUGUGUUCUUAAUAGAAAACUAUGUAUUUUUUUUCCUAAUAAAUACCAUUUCUGUGGUUA